AAGUGCAGGAUGCGCCGCUACGGAGCUUCAGUCGCUGAUACAGCUUCACCUGAACUCAUCUAACGACAGAGAAACGAAGAAGAAGAGACUGCGACACCAUGGCUCUGAGCGCGCUGCUGGCCACCUUGCUGUGCACCAUCGUGCUUCCCGUGCUGCUCUUUCUGGUGGCGGUGAGGCUGUGGGAGGUUUACAUGAUCCGAGGCAGAGACCCGAGCUGCUCCAGUCCGCUGCCGCCCGGCUCCAUGGGUUUACCUUUCAUUGGAGAGACGCUGCAGCUCAUCCUCCAGAGGAGAAAGUUUUUGCGGAUGAAGCGACAGAAGUACGGAUACAUCUACCGCACGCAUCUCUUUGGGAAUCCCACUGUCCGCGUAACGGGAGCGGACAACGUCAGGCAGAUUUUACUCGGCGAACACAAGCUGGUGUCCGUGCAGUGGCCCGCGUCUGUGCGCACAAUCCUGGGCUCGGACACGCUCUCUAAUGUGCACGGAGCUUUGCACAAGAGCAAGAAAAAGGCCAUCAUGCGUGCCUUCUCCAGGGAAGCUCUGGAGCUCUACAUCCCCGUCAUCCAGGAGGAGGUGCGGACGGCGGUGAAGGAGUGGCUCUCCCGGGACUCCUGUGUGCUGGUCUACCCGGAGAUGAAACGGCUCAUGUUCCGCAUAGCCAUGAGGAUCCUGCUGGGCUUCGAGCCGGAGCAGAUUAAGACCGAUGAGCAGGAGCUGGUGGAAGCUUUCGAGGAGAUGAUCAAGAACCUUUUCUCUCUGCCCAUCGAUGUGCCCUUCAGUGGACUGUACAGGGGUCUGAAGGCGAGGAACUUCAUCCACUCCAAAAUAGAGGAAAACAUCAAGAAGAAGGUGCAGGAGUCAGACAAGGGGUCGACUCACCGAGACGCUCUGCAGCAGCUCAUAGACAGCAGCAAGAAGAGUGGCGAGCCCUUCAGCAUGCAGGCCAUUAAGGAGUCUGCUACAGAGCUGUUGUUCGGAGGACAUGAAACCACAGCGAGCACAGCCACGUCUUUGGUCAUGUUUCUGGGCCUCAACCCUGAAGUUGUGGACAAAGUGAGACAGGAACUAAUGGAUAAAGAGGAGCAGGGAGUGGACAUACAGAACAUGAACAUUGAGUCCUUGGAGUUAUUAAAAUACACUGGGUGUGUCAUUAAAGAGACUCUAAGGAUCAACCCUCCUGUACCUGGAGGCUUCAGAGUGGCCCUCAAGACAUUUGAACUUAAUGGUUAUCAAAUCCCCAAAGGCUGGAAUGUCAUCUACAGUAUCUGCGACACACACGACGUGGCAGAGAUUUUCCCCAACAAGGAAGCCUUCCAGCCCGAGCGUUUCAUGAGCAGGUUCUCAGGUGACUCCUCCAGGUUUCAGUACAUCCCGUUCGGAGGCGGCUCCAGAAUGUGUGUGGGCAAGGAAUUUGCCAAAGUCCUGCUGAAGAUCUUCCUGGUGGAAGUGGUCACAAAGUGCCACUGGACUCUUUUGAACGGGCCACCCACCAUGAAAACAGGACCUACUGUCUAUCCUGUGGACAAUCUGCCAACCAAGUUUACCAGCUAUGUACAAAAUUAAACAGUGGGUGGUGUGUGUGUGUGGUUGUUUCCUAGCAGCGGUGUGAAAUUUGAGUCGUGCGUGUGUUUUACUUCCAAAUGUGCUGGGUUUGGAAGCACUCAGGUGUUUUUCUUUGUUUUUAGGAAACGGAGCAGAGGCUGCAUUCUUUUUUGGAUUUGUUUCCAUGUGGUCUUUUUUUUGUUGCAUGAACUGUACAUAUUGUAGAUGAUUCAGAAUGUAUUUCAUAUUAUUAUUUUAUAUGAUAGUGUUGACUUUGGAUUUGUAUAUAUUCUUUUUUUUUGAAGCUAUGAACAAACUUAACAAGAGGCACUAUACGCAGACAUGGAACACUUAAAUCAAUUCAGAGGUGUGUCUAUAGGGUUGUGUACAUAUAUAUAAUGUAGAGUCUGUUUAUAUAACUUCUGUAUCUUAUACCAUACUUAUUUAAGUGAUGUUACAUUGUAUGAGCUUUUUAUUUAAUAAAAUCGUUUUACAAUGAA